AUGUCGUCCAGCGAAAUCGAAGACAAGAUGCCACCAGCUCGCAUGACAAUAGAGCAAUCCUCAGACGAAGAAAAGAACAUCUCCAUCGUCAAAGAAUACAUGCGAAUUGCCUACUCGCCUUCUGAAAACAAAGGUCGCAAGUCUGUCGAACACCUCUGCGCGGAUGAUGCCUGGUUCUGGGCUCCCACCACGUUUCCUGGCGUCAAGUCACCUCAANNUUCGCAUGUCAUGGCUAGCAUCGCUGAUUUGCAUAUUGUUUGCUACGAUCAAGUGUUUGCCAAAGAUGGACAUGUGCUGUUGAGAUAUACGGCCGAGGGAAGUCAUUGUGGUGAGCCUCAUAAUGGGAUUGGGAAGACUGGAAACAAAGCCAAGUGGAGCGCGGCAGCUAUCUUUGAGGUUGAAGAUGGCAAGGUCAAGAGCUUUACUAAGGACUGGGAUAAGCUGCAUAUGUGGAAGUAA